AAACGGCUAUCAGACCACAGAUUGUCCGGGCCUUCUUCCCUUGUCCCUCCGCUGGGUACCUCUUUAUAUUAUAAUAUCUCUAUUUCCUUCAGAGCACUGCUCUUGAUUGCUUCCCUGAAAAACCCCCAUAUAUUGAUUCCUUAGCCGUCAUCAGAUGGAGCAGAAAAACUUUCCACGUGAUUUGUGGGCACCACACUCGUCUUUCUUCCUUACAUCUCCCCCACCUUUACCCUCACUUAUUUCUUUCUUCAUUUAAGUGUUUUCCACUCUCAUACUCUGACUUCCACUCUCUGUGUCUCGUCCUCUCUCGUUUUGUUGUUCGAUUUCUUCAGAUUCUCUGAACGCUAGCUUCUCUUGUUUUGAGGGUUCCCACUAUAGAAUCAAUGGCAGUGCUUAUUCUUCUUCUUUUGCUAGCAGCUUCUGCAGUUGCUGCUGAGGAAGAUGCAUUUAUUGGUGUGAACAUAGGAACAGACCUAUCAGACAUGCCACACCCAACUCAAGUGGUAGCCCUCCUCAAAGCCCAACAAAUCCGACAUGUCCGCCUAUAUAAUGCCGACCGUGCCAUGCUCAUUGCACUUGCAAACACAGGCAUCCGAGUCAUGGUAUCCGUCCCCAAUGAACAGCUUCUUGGAAUUGGCCAAUCAAACUCCACUGCAGCUAACUGGGUCUCCCACAAUGUCGUAGCACAUUACCCAGCCACCAAUAUCACAGCAAUAUCUGUUGGUUCUGAGGUACUAACAGCGAUUCCAAAUGCCGCGACAGUCCUUGUCAGUGCCCUCAAGUUCAUUCAUUCCGCUCUCGUGGCAUCCAACCUCGACCAUCAAAUUAAAGUUUCAACACCUCUCUCUUCCUCUAUUAUCCUUGAUUCAUUCCCUCCUUUCCAAGCCUUCUUUAAUCGCACAUGGAAUCCAGUUUUGGUUCCCAUGUUGAGUUUCUUGCAGUCUACUGGCUCGUUUUUCAUGCUCAACAUUUACCCUUAUUAUGACUAUAUGCAAUCCAAUGGCGUAAUAUCCCUAGAUUAUGCACUUUUCAAGCCUCUCCCUCCAACUAAAGAAGCUAUUGAUGCUAAUACUCUUCUCCAUUACUCUAAUGUCUUUGAUGCAAUGGUUGAUGCAGCAUACUUUGCCAUGGCUUUUCUAAAUUUUACUAACAUUCCUGUCAUAGUGACAGAAUCAGGCUGGCCCUCAAAAGGCGAUUCUAAUGAACCUGAUGCAACAAUAGAAAAUGCCAACUCUUAUAACAGCAAUUUGAUAAGGCAUGUGCUGAACAAAACUGGAACUCCCAAGCACCCUGGAAUUGCUGUUAGUACCUAUAUAUAUGAGCUCUAUAAUGAGGAUAUGAAAAGUGGACCAGUCUCAGAGAAGAGCUGGGGAUUGUUCAAUGCAAAUGGGUCGCCAAUUUACAUCUUACACUUGACAGGAUCGGGAGUGGUGUUAGCAAAUGACACUACGAACCAAACUUACUGUACUGCAAGGGAUGGUGCUGAUCCGAAGAUGCUUCAGGCUGCAUUAGAUUGGGCUUGUGGACCAGGCAAGGUGGAUUGCUCACCUUUGUUGCAGGGAAAACCGUGCUACGAACCAGACAAUGUGCUGGCACAUGCAACUUAUGCUUUUGACACUUACUAUCAUAAGAUGGGGAAGGAUUUGGGGUCAUGUGACUUCAAUGGGGUGGCUGCAAUCACCACCACAAAUCCAAGUCAUGGUUCUUGUAUGUUUCCAGGAAGUGUUGGCAAGGAUAGCUCCCUGGUAAAUAUCACAGCUCCAUCCAUGAAUUCCACAAGUUCGGACUCUUCAGGCUGCAAUAUUUACGGUGCUGGUUUACCAAGUAUCUUCAUCGUUAUCAGAGUUUUAAUAUUGAGUGUUGUAUUCUUGUAAAUGGUGGUAUGGGAUGGAGUCUGUCACUUAAAAGUUUCGAUGUAGAUGGUGAUUGGAGAUCGUUCAGGGAGUGGAUUUUGAUCAAUUCAAUCUUGUACAAAGUAAGCUCUAUGGCCUGGAAUGUAAUGUCCUGCAUCUAUGUUGUUAUUAUUUGCCAGUGAAUUAUGCUUUA